AUGGGUCUCGCCGGUAUCAAACAAAAGCAACGUAUCAGUGCUGAUCCCAACAAUCUCACAUGGAGCAAUGAUCAGUCCAAGUUUGGUUUUCGCAUGCUCAUGAAGAUGGGUUGGGCACCCGGCAAAGGUCUCGGUGUCAACGAAGACGGCAAUCAGGAACAUGUCAAGAUCCGGCUUAAGGAGGAUAACCUUGGUUUGGGUGCCAACAAAAAGACAUCCGACAAUUGGCUUGACAAUACCGACAGCUUUUCUCGACUGUUAGCCGACCUCAAUGCACGAACCGAGUCAGCAUCAGCUUCGCCAGAGCCCGAAUCAGAUGAACAACAGCAGCAGGGUGAUGAUGAUGGUGAUGAAAAGUCGACCAAGAAGCGCAAACGAUCAUCAUCUUCCGACGACGACAAUGACAAAUCUGAAAAGAAGAAAAAGAAGAAGGAGAAGAAGGACAAGUCUGAAAAGAAGAAGGACAAGAAGAAGGAUAAGAAGGACAAGGCCGAGAAGAAGGACAAGUCUGAGAAGAAGAAGGACAAAAAGAAGAGCAAAGAUAAGGCUGAGGAACCAGCACCAACACAAACCGUUUUGCGUAAUGCUGCUCGAGCCAAGUUUUUACGAGCGAAGCGGAUGGCUACUCAACAAGAUCCUGCAAGGCUUAAUGAGAUUCUCGGCAUCAAAUCACCUGCAUAA